AUUGAUGGUUAGUUUUCUCUCUCUCAAUGGUUCUCAUAAGGGUUCGUCGGAGGUCCUCUUCGCAGUUUUUCGGUUACCAAUUUCCGAUCGAAGUUUCAGCAGAUUUCUUCUACAAGCGGCGACAAUCGUCUCGUUCCUUCAAUCGGUCCCCAGUCGAAGAAAACACGAACAAUUUUACCGGAUCAUAUUCCCAUAUAAAGAGAAAUAAUAAUUUUUGCUCUCAAUGGUUGCAAAGGGUUUAUAUUAGUCAUCGAACGUACCACGCAGCGAUUCUAGACGAAUGCGACGAGAUUAAAUACUUGCCCGGCGUGGAGAACAUUCCUGGAGAAACAUUGAAUAUUGGGUUGCGUAAAGAUAAUGUAACUAGUGAAUUACAUGUUCUUGAUGAUUUUUCUGGAUGUAGAUAUUCGAGCCCCGUGAAGAAAUUGUACAGUGAAGUAUCGAGUCUUUUUUCACGGAUGUGUGACAAUAAUAUUAGCCUAGAUGAUGGAGCUGUAGCUAGUAUUUUACAAGCUUGCACUGGUUCUAAAGUUCCGUUUCAAUUCGUUCAACAGAUUCAUGCUAAGAUCAUCCAUUGUGGUUUGAGUACAAGCCCGCAGGCCUGUAACCCUCUUAUCGAUUUUUACCUUAAGAAUGGAUUUGUAGAUUCCGCAAUUCAAACGUUUAAAAAUAUGUACACAAGGGACAGUGUUACUUGGGUUGCCAUGAUAUCAGGCUUGUCUCGAAAUUUCCGUGAAUUAGAGGGUAUUCUCCUUUACUGUGAGAUGCGAAAAUUAGGAGUAUUCCCCACUCCGUAUAUUUUUUCAAGCAUUAUAAGUGCCUGCUCGAAGAUAAACUUGUAUGAACUCGGUGAGCAACUUCAUGCUCUAAUCCUCAAGUGGGGAUUUUCAUCAGAUCUUUUCGUAUGCAACGCUCUUGUUGCACUUUACUCUAGAUGUGGGAAUUUAACAUUUGCUGAACUGAUUUUCAGAGAAAUGCAGCGUAGGGAUAGAGUUUCGUACAACACUCUGAUUUCAGGACUUGCUAUGCGAGGAUCGACCGAGAAAUCUCUCGAGUUGUUUGAGAAAAUGCACGCCGAGUCCUUCAAACCUGAUAGUGUUACGGUUGCCUGUCUCUUUGGCACCUGUGCAUCAAUGGGGGAUCUUCGUAAGGGAAUGCAGCUGCAUUCGUAUGCAACCAAGGCAGGAAUGUGUUCAGAUAUCAUCGUUGAAGGUUCUCUGCUAAACUUUUACGUAAAAUGCUCCGAUAUUAAAACAGCCCAUAAAUUCUUUCUUGCAACAAAAACAAAUAACGUGGUACUGUGGAAUGUGAUGCUAGUGGCGUAUGGACAGAUAGGCGAACUCGUGGAGUCGUUCCGUAUUUAUUCAAAAAUGCAGAUCGAGGGUUUGCAGCCUAAUGAGCACACGUAUCCUAGUAUUCUAAGAACGUGUACCUCUGUUGGAGCACUUGACCUAGGAGAGCAAGUGCAUACACAAGUUAUAAAAACCGGAUUCCAGCCAAACGUGUACGUCUGUAGCGUUCUUAUAGACAUGUAUGCGAAACAUAGAAUGUUGGAAACUGCUCUCAAGAUAUUCAGACGUCUUAGUGAAGACGAUAUCGUUUCUUGGACAGCCAUGAUUUCAGGGUAUGCUCAGCAUGACAUGUUCUCCGAAGCUCUGAAACUUUUUGGAGAAAUGCAAGAACGAAGGAUUCGAUCGGACAACAUAGGAUUAGCGAGUGCGAUAAGUGCGUGUGCUGGAAUUCAGGCUCUCAAUCAAGGACGGCAAAUUCAUAGCCAGUCUAUUGUUAAUGGAUACUCUUUGGAUCUUUCGGUUGGAAAUGCACUUGUUUGUCUCUAUGCUAGAUGUGGUUGUACACUCGAGGCACACUUGGCUUUCGAGAAAAUGAAUGCUAGAGAUAAUGUCACAUGGAAUGGAUUGAUAUCGGGUUUUGCACAGAGUGGGAAGAGUGAGGAAGCACUGAAGCUAUUUCCUCAAAUGAUUCGAGUUGGAGAAGAGGCUAAUAUGUUCACCUACGGGUCUACUGUUAGUGCAGCAGCAAAUUUAACGAAUUUAAAAUUAGGUCAGCAAGUCCAUGCCAGAACAAUAAAAACAGGGUUUGAUUAUGAAACAGAAGUAUGCAACGUAUUGAUUACAUUGUAUGCAAAAUGCGGGCGCCUCGAUAGUGCUAGGAGGGUGUUCAUCGAGAUUCCUCACAAAAACGAAGUUUCUUGGAAUGCUAUGAUUACUGGUUAUUCUCAACACGGAUACGGUAAGCAAGCUAUACAACUUUUCGAGGAUAUGAAAAUAUUCCAAAUGAUGCCGAAUCAUAUAACGUAUGUGGGAGUUUUAUCUGCAUGCAGCCAUGUGGGAUUGGUUGAGGAAGGGCUUAGUUACUUCAAAACGAUGAGCGAACAUCAUGGUUUAGCACCAAGAAACGAACACUAUGCCUGUGUGGUUGACGUUCUUGGAAGGGCAGGUCAAGUUUCCCGCGCGAGAGAAUUCGUGGAGUCUAUGCCAAUCGAACCGGAUGCAAUGGUGUGGAGGACCCUCUUAAGUGCCUGCACGGUUCACAAGAAUAGGGAAAUUGGCGAAAUCGCAGCGAAGAAUCUUCUAGAAUUAGAACCGAAAGAUUCCGCUACUUAUGUUCUAAUGUCCAAUAUGUAUGCAGUUACUGGUAAAUGGGAUUAUCGGGAUCGAGUAAGACAGCUCAUGAGAAAUAGAGGUGUGAGGAAAGAACCCGGCCAGAGCUGGAUCGAAGUAAAGAACUCAGUUCACGCGUUUUUUGUCGGUGACAAGCUCCACCCUCUUGCAGAUCAGAUUUACAAUUAUUUGAAAGAUUUGAACGAGAGGGUGGCUGCGAUUGGCUAUGUGCAGGACUACAGUAGCCUAUGGAAUGAUUUGGAGCUGGAGCAGAAGGACCCCACUGCACAUAUCCACAGUGAGAAGUUGGCCGUUGCUUUUGGACUUAUGAGUUUGUCUGAGAUGAUUAUUCCUUUGCAUGUGAUGAAGAACUUGCGCGUUUGUAGCGAUUGCCAUAAUUGGCUCAAAUUUGUGUCGAAGAUUGUCGAUCGGACUGUUAUCGUACGCGAUUCGUACCGCUUCCAUCAUUUUGAAAAAGGAGUUGGUUCGUGUAAAGAUUACCUGGUAGUUUGGAACAGAUCUAGAUGGUUUUACACCUGCCAUUCAGUGAUGAGGUGUAACUUUGGCAGAAAUCCUACUGAAGCUGAAUUUCAAGAUAUGAUCGAUGAAGUUGAUGCCGCAAAUUGGACCGUUGACUUGCAUGAAUUCUUGAACUUAAUGGCUUGGAAGGUGAAGGACGACUCGGAGAAGGAACUUAAAGAAGCUUCUUUCAAGGUGUUGGGUAAAGAUCAAAAUGGUUUCGUUUCUGCUGCAAAGCUCCGAUAUUUGAUGACCAACCGUAUGGAAAAACUGACAGACGAGAAAGUUGACGAGACGAUGCGUGGAUGAUGUCAUAGAAGAUAUCCUAAAGUAUGCAAUAUGGAAAAUAAAAUAAAAUAAAUUAUUUUUCCUCUUGAUGAAACUGCUGUGUUUUCUUGGAAGCUGACAAUGAACCCUAUGUUUAUGUAAGUUCGAUCGAUUUUGAAGGACCCUGAAAUACUUACGAAGCUGUAGUAGACUACGUUGCAUGUUUGUUUGGAUAUUUUUCU